AAGAGAGCAGGAGAAGCGCAAAUUCCAAGACGGAGACGACGAGCCGAAGGGGCGAUUCGUCUCCGGAGAUUCUUCGAAGGAAGUCGGUGGCUCCCCUGUUCUGAGGAUCCUCGUGCAUACCAUGGCCGGCCAGUCUCGCAAAUGGAUGAUUCUGGUGGCCACGAUUUGGAUUCAGGCCUUCACGGGCACAAACUUUGAUUUCUCAGCGUACUCCACGGAACUGAAAUCGGUACUGGGGAUCACUCAGGUUCAAUUGAACUACCUCGCCGUGGCGUCGGAUCUUGGGAAGGCAUUUGGGUGGUCGUCAGGCCUUGCCCUGCUGCAUUUACCCUUGUGGGUCGUGAUGUUCAUGUCUUCCUUUAUGGGUCUGGUUGGUUAUGGCCUUCAAUGGUUCGUGAUUCGGAGUUACAUCUCUUUGCCUUAUGUUCUGGUGUUUCUUCUGUGCUUGUUGGCCGGCUGUAGCAUUUGUUGGUUCAACACCGUGUGCUUUGUUCUCUGCAUCAGAAACUUUCCGGUGAACCGAGCCCUUGCUCUGUCCCUCACCAUCAGCUUUAAUGGAGUGAGCGCCGCUAUAUACAGCCUUGCUGCUAAUGCCGUAAACUCCAGCGACGAUGCUGUGUAUCUACUUCUCAAUGCACUUAUCCCUCUUUUCACCUCUAUAGCCGCGCUCCUACCAAUCCUCCGCCAGCCCCCGUUUCAAACCCUCCCCUCCGACGUCGUUCGCCGCGAUUCCCUUGUAUUCCUCUUUCUCAACAUCCUCGCCAUAUUCACCGGCCUCUACCUCCUCCUCCUCAACUCAGUUUCCUCUAGCGCAUCAACCGCGCGCUUCCUCUUUGCUGGGGCUGUCCUCCUUCUCGUCAUCCCCUUGUGCAUCCCCGGCACGCUGUACGCUCGAGAUUGGGUCCACCGGACCGUCCACUCCAGCUUCCGCCUCGAAGGCUCCGGCUUCAAUCUCGUCGACAUCGAUGACCUUGAGCUUCACAAGGAGUUCAUUGGACGUGAGAACGUCAACGGAAAUGGCAGUAGCAACACACUGCUUACGAAUGGCAACAUAAUUUCUAAUGGAGAUGCUAGACACGAUGAAGGGGAGAAUGAUGGGUGCUGUGAGAGGGUAAUCGAGAAGGACCAGUUGGUGAUGCUCGGCGAGGAACACCCUGCUCGGAUGCUGGUUCGUAGGUGGGACUUCUGGCUCUACUACGUUGCAUAUUUCUGUGGGGGUACGAUUGGGCUGGUAUACAGUAACAAUCUUGGGCAGAUUGCACAAUCGCUUGGGUUUAGCUCCCACACUACGACGCUCGUCACGCUCUACUCAUCCUGCUCUUUCUUCGGCCGUCUGCUGUCAGCAGCUCCGGAUUUCAUGCGUGCGAAGAUGUAUUUCGCACGCACGGGAUGGCUCACAAUGGCUCUCUUGCCGACGCCGAUCGCCUUCUUUAUCCUUGCCGCCUAUGGCAGCAGUAUGGCAUUGCACGCCGGAACUGCCCUCAUCGGUCUGAGCUCCGGAUUCAUAUUUGCUGCAGCCGUUUCAAUCACAUCGGAGUUAUUUGGCCCUAACAGCAUGGGUGUGAACCACAACAUCCUCAUCACUAACAUUCCAAUUGGAUCUCUUGCGUAUGGAUUCAUGGCCGCAGUCAUCUACGAUGCCAACGCCGGCGUGACGUUCCGGGACUCGGGUAAGUUGGAUGGGGAGAUGGUGUGCAUGGGGAGAAAUUGCUACCUACAAACCUUUGUGUCGUGGGGAUGCAUUUCCUUGUUAGGCCUAGCAUCCAGUGUGUUACUCUUCAUACGGACCAGACCUGCUUAUGACCGUUUUGAACGGAAUCGGAGACAGAUGCAAUCGUAUUAACUGCAGUAUUCUCAUCUAUCGAAAUUCGAAAAUACAUCAUAUAUUUAGAAAAGUUCGAUACCAAACCACCAAAUCAAGGGAUUAGUCCUGUCACGAGGAGAUCAGGCGGUUGAUGAAGCUUGACGUGCAGAGAGUCAUUGGCUUUGAUAUAAACCACAUUGAUUUUUGUUUUUCUUUCUUGUAAAGGGUGCAUAACUAGCAAUUGUUUCCUUUUUUUUGGUACUGUAAUUGUUUUACUCGAUACAAAAUUGCAGUUUUGGCUCUUUCAUUUUGUUAUUCAUUCAUAUGUUUCCUCGAAACAAGAACAACUGCCACUGUUGGAGAAAUGAAAUGAUACAUGUAUUUAAC